AUCGGUUAACCCUUGUGUGGUUGGGCGCGCUGGAGCUCCGUGGGCCGGAACCUGCGAGUCUGGGCUCCCCAGCCACACCCCUCGCGGGAUUUAAAGGGGCAGGAGGGGCCGAGGCCGUCAAAGCCCGAGCCGAGGGAGCGGGCAUGAGGCGCUGCCCGUGCCGGGGAAGCCUGAGCGAGGUGCAGGCCGGGGCGCUGCCGGGGGCGGCCCGCAUGGGACUGGCGGCGCCGCGAGGGGGGCGGCGGCGGCAGCCUGGGCAGCAGCGACCUGGGCCCGGCGCUGGAGGCCCGGCCGGGCCGCCGGAGCGAGGCGGGCCCUGGGCCGAGGCCGAGGGGUCCAACCUUCACACCAAGCCCGAGAGGGCCGGCCUCGGGCCUGAGUCGGGGACCGACGGACAGGCUGAGCCUGAAGCAGCUGGCUUAGGAGCGAAUACGGUGCGGCCCAGCCAAAAGACGGAGCCAGGCAGGUCCAUCCUCCGGACACAACCAGCGCUGGAGACAGCCAGUGCCUGGACAGAGACUAGGACAGAUGGCUUAUGGACUGAUGCACACAGCUUCGACCUCCAGCCUCAGCCAGAGAGGGCUCACCUCUGGAAACAGCCAGGGGUUGAUGGGCCCUGGACAGACCUAGAAAUACAAGGGUCACAGAUCCAGCCAGAGAGGGUCAAGCCCGGGGCUGAAAACCUCAGGACCCACCAGAACAGGUCCAGCGUUGGGACUCAGCCAGAAGGGGCUCCUCGCUCAACAGAGCCAAGUGCCAAUGGCUCUUGGAAAGAAUUGUACACUGAUGGCUCCAGGACACAGCAGGAUACUGAAGACUCCUGGACAGAGCUGCAUACUGAUGGUUCCCAGAUACAACAGGAUAAUGAAACAGCCUGGAAACAGCUUGGCACUGAUGGUUUCCCAACACCACAAACUACUGAUGGCUUCUGGACACAGUCUGGCACUGAUGGUCCCCAGGCCCAAGAUACUCAUGGAUCCCAGACAGAGCCUGGGACAGACUGCCUUGGGGAGGCCAACCAAGAUGGCUCAUUAGAGGAACCAGAACACGGGGAGCUGGUGACUCACCUGUACUCUCACCUGGAGUGUAGCCCCCUGACUCCCGUGCCCCGCCUCAUCAUCACUCCCGAAACCCCUGAGCCUGAGGCUCAGCCAGUGGGACCCCCCUCCCGGGUUGAGGGGGGCAGUGGUGGCUUCUCCUCUGCCUCCUCUUUCGACGAGUCUGAGGACGAUGUGGUGGCCGGGGGUGGAGGUACCAGCGACCCUGAGGACAGGUCUGGGAACAAACCAUGGAGGAAGCUGAAGACCGUGCUGAAGUCUUCCCCCUUCGUGGUCUCCUUCCGCAAACACUACCCUUGGGUCCAGCUGUCUGGACACUCCGGGAACUUCCAGGCAGGAGAGGAUGGUUGGAUUCUAAAGCGUUUCUGUCAGUGUGAGCAGCGAAGCCUGGAGCAGCUGAUGCGGGACCCCUUGCGGCCUUUCGUACCAGCUUACUACGGCAUGGUGCAGCGGGAUGGCCAGGCCUUCAACCAGAUGGAAGACCUCCUAGCGGACUUUGAGAGCCCCUCCAUCAUGGACUGCAAGAUGGGCAGCAGGACCUACCUGGAGGAGGAGCUGGCGAAGGCACGAGAACGGCCCCGGCCUCGGAAGGACAUGUAUGAGAAGAUGGUGGCUGUGGACCCCGGGGCCCCCACCCCCGAAGAACAUGCCCAGGGUGCGGUCACCAAGCCCCGCUACAUGCAGUGGAGGGAGACCAUGAGCUCCACCUCCACCCUGGGCUUUCGGAUCGAGGGCAUCAAGAAAGCCGAUGGCACCUGCAACACCAACUUCAAGAAGACACAGAAGCUGGAGCAGGUGACAAAGGUGUUGGAGGACUUUGUGGACGGGAACUGCGAAAUCCUGAGAAAGUACGUGGCACGCCUAGAAGAACUUCGUGAAACUCUGGAGAGCUCCCCCUUCUUCAAGACCCACGAGGUGGUAGGCAGCUCCCUCCUCUUUGUGCACGACCACACCGGCCUGGCCAAAGUCUGGAUGAUCGACUUCGGCAAGACCGUGGCCCUGCCUGACCACCAGACCCUCAGCCACCGGCUGCCCUGGGCCGAGGGCAACCGAGAGGAUGGCUACCUCUGGGGCCUGGACAACAUGAUUCGCCUUCUCCAGGGCCUGGCCCAGAGCUGACCCGCUCGCCACUGCCUGGUGUAUUUAUUAGAUAGUGCCCGCCUGGCUGGAGGGGCCCCAAGAUGCCUGGGGGCCUGAGGUUGGCCGUGGAGGACCGAAGUCCAGGGAUGGGAGAGGCUGUGUCGCGCAUCACGCAGAACCAGUGUGGAAGAUCGGAGGGCCUGGGCGGUCAGGUAGCACCUGCCCUCUGGUGCUGUGGGGCUUGUUGAGAAGCAGCGGACAUCGCUGGCUCCUCUGACCAGCCGGGAAGGCUUCGGUGGGCUACAGGGGCCACACUAAACCUUGCACCCUGAAAGAACACAGUGCAGAUGCUGCAGGGGACAGCCGUGACCUUGUGCGGCCACCGCAUGAAUGACUGUAAUUGCAGCCUCCCUGUCGGCCCCUCCCUCUGCAAGCCAGCUCCUCGCGGCCCAGAGAACCAGAUCUCCGUGGUGAACAAAUGCAGGCGGCCCUGGCCCCCCCCCCCCCCCCCCCCCCGCCCGCCUGGGCGUUACAGUCUCAUCUCUUCAGCUCAGGGGCCCUCCAAGCCGAUGAGGCUCUGAGGCCGCGGACUGGGGACUGGCCUGAGAGCUGCCGCUGCUGGGCGGGGCCCGGUGCCCCCGUCCUGCCCACCCUUGGCCCCCUGGUCCCUCCCUGCUCCUGGGAGGACGCCGCUGACGCCCUGCCGCCCCCAACCGCAGCCCCGUCCCAAAGCGGCACUGUGACCAGCACAACCUUGUGCCACAGGCACCACUUCGGCCUCCACUUCGGGACUUCUUCCCUCUCCCUUUACCCUUUUCUGUCUCUUUCCUACGAGCCGACCGCGGUGGCCAGAAGAGCUUUCAGACGGAAAAGGGAAAAGCAGGCUUGGGAGUCAGCUGCCCGCCUCAGGAGGUCCCCCUCCCCGGCCUCUGCUGUGAAAAGGCCCCGCUUAGGCCUGCCGUGCAGGUGCGUGGGGCUGCCGGCCGAGGCCCCAGGCAGGCCACCUGGUCCACACCAAAGAUUCCAGCACCCUGAGGUGCGGCGGACACCCCCUCCCCGACUUUGGGUUGCUGGCCCACAAAGCUGGGCUCAGGGAGGACAGCCUCCCCGCCCCCACCCUUCAGCCAAAGCUCCAGCAAGGUCUUCCAGGGCAGAGGGGUGCCCUUCCCUACUGACCGUCUUUCUACUUAUUUAUACGUGAGAGGUAGUCAUUAGAUGGGGCAGCUCUGGGGAACCGGAGGCAAAACCACUUCACUGCCUUCCCCCAUGACGACACCCCAAUAAACAACACAGUCACCUUUGUGGAA